CACACACAUCGCGCUCUCUUGCGUGUGCCAUCCCGCGGAGGAGAACCACACGAAGGCGGAGGCGCAACCCCUUCGCGAGAGAAAGAGAGGACCGCCGCGGGUUCUUCCCCGGUUCUCGCGAGUGGGUUCUCCAAAAGUGUUUGAGACUUUUUUUUGGAAAAAGAAGAAAGCAUCCGCCGCGUCGCGUUCACCAGCGCUACGCGUCCCGACAGCGAGAUAUCGGUGCCGAAGAGUGUGAUCGUUCGGGAAAGCCGGUGACAGUGCGCGUCGUCGAAUAACGCUUCGGGAAAGAUGACACGGGAGAUACACUCCGAUCGGUAGUGAAUAAUCGCGGUGGUGUUGACGCGCGUGUGUUGGGCCUUAAAGUUAGAAUCGAUCCGCUUUCGAGGAAGGUGAAGGAAGAAAUGGAUGAAGAGAAGUGAGGAAAGCACAUCCCUCGAGGAGGAGGACUUCCGAUUGUCGAUUCAGCGGCGGCGGCGGUGGCGGUGGCGGUGGUGGCCAGAAUUGACAUUGUUGACAAACAACGAGCGCGACGAUUGGGGCAGGGAAAUGUCGGCCGAUCGGCGGGGAUCGAUUGCAAUUCCCUUUUUCCGAUGUCCUGUUAAUCGAUAAGCGUCGUCGACGCGUAGGUGGCCACGUAGGGACCGCCUAGGCAGCGAGAGAGCGAGCCGGGACAGCGAUCGGCCUUACCGACGUAAUUUCUCGCCCUCGCCCUCGUCCUCUCCGUGCAACCCCCUCGGAGCGAUCAGACACGAUCGGGCUGAAUAAAUGUUGAGGGUAAACGGCGCCCUGCGUCGCCCGCUAGCGCGAGGCCAGGAGGAUCGGGGGCCCUAAGUGAAACCGGGGCCGGCGCGAUGCCGGUCUCCCUGAGGAACCACAGGAUCACGUAAAGGGCGGCCGCCGGCCCGCGAUUCAGAGCCCUUCGUACCGCGCACGCACGGUCGCGCAACGACGAAGGGAUCGCGACAGAAGAGGGUGUUCUCCGGGUGAGAUCCCCAGGGUGGUGUGCCUACCUAUCGAGCCUCCACCUCGAAGAACAACAUCGUCGUCGUGGAGUUUGCCUGGCGGCAUCCGAUGCACCAAAAGCCUGAAGGAUGGAGGCCAGCGAGUGGGAUCACGCGACCUUGAGGGAGGAAGAAUUCGAGCAGCAUGCCGUAUAUUUGGUACCGGAUGUGUCGGCAUCACCGGGCGAUACUAAUCGUGCGGAGGCGUCUUUGCCACGGAACCUGGUCCUCAAACCCUCUCAGGCCCUCAACGAUGUACGUUCUUUCGCACAAGAAACUCAUCCCGAAACCUCCUCGGUGUUGGGUGUGUGGAGCACCGGUUACAUCCCCAAAGGGACACGUUUCGGCCCUCUGGUCGGCCAGGUGUACACGAAGGAUUCGGUACCGGCAGACGCGAACCGGAAAUACUUUUGGCGGGUAUAUAAGAACAACGAGCUGUUCUAUUACAUCGACGGUUAUGACGUCCAGAAAUCGAAUUGGAUGCGUUACGUAAAUCCCGCCUACUCGUCCGAAUCGCAAAACCUAAUAGCAUGCCAGUAUAAGAUGAACAUUUAUUUUUACACGAUCAAGCCAAUAUUACCGCAUCAAGAGUUGUUGGUUUGGUACUGCAGGGAAUUCGCGGAAAGGCUCAAUUAUCCGCUCACCGGUGAGCUGAUGCUUCAGAGAAUAAGACAACAAGUACAACAAUCGACACUACCAACUGAAAUUUCACCCGCCGUCGAUGUGAUAUCGCCCCUGAAAGAUUCUUCAAUCUACGAGAGGCGUCAGAUGACACCAACGGAUGGUUCCGUGAGGUCAGACGAGGGUUAUCAUUCAAAUGGUUACCACGACGAGAUUCUAACACCACCUGAGGAAAGUAGCGAGUCCGAUAGUGAAAAUAACUACGUGCUGGAUUUCAGUAAGAAUGCCAAAUCGUCAGUGUGCAACGAUGAGAUUCUGAAGCAAGACAACACCGCGGCGAAGAACGAAUAUAGGAAAGUCAAGAUUAAAAUCUCCAAAACCUACGGUAAUUUCCAAGCGGCAAAAGGUAUAGCUGACGGCCCGACGAAGGACAAGGAUCAGGAGUUAUCCAGUCGGGCGGUCACUCCAGAGCUUCAGAAGCCGGUAUCACCUAUCAUCUUACAGAAGAGCACGGUACUCUCAACCGUGACCGAGGAUGAGAUGUCUGAGAAAAAUAUGAAACCCUUCUACGAGCCGGAAGUUAAAGGUGGUAAUCUGCCGAUGUCCGGCAGACCCGCUUACCUACCUAACCCCAGUAGUUCCAUCCUGGAGAACAUUCUGUUACGUAAUAGCACAGAUAACAAUAACAAUAGUCACAGCCACCAUCAUCACAAUGGUGGUUCGCAACAACAUCAUCAGCAUCAUCAAAUGCACCAUCAGACUCACGUGGAUUCGGUGACGCCACCACCUUCCAGUCCCACCGAGAUGGCAUAUUCUUACAAAAAGUCUCAUCGUUAUGGAAACAUUCUGCCCUGCAGCCCAGAUUCCAGUUCGAAUCUGCCCCUACAAACGGACUCGUGCGUGAACUCAACCAGCGGCAAUGGUGGUGCAUUACCUAGCAUGCAGAGUCCUACCGGUAAUCUGCACUCCAGUACAGGAGGAGGAUUGCAUUCAAGCACCGGUGGAAACAGCAACGGUAAUCUGCCGCCACAUCCUGGAAGUUUGCAUUCAUCCAGCAACGCCGGCGGGAUACAUUCCAGUACAAGCGUCCUCUCGUCUAGCGCGAUGCUGACGUCCACUAGCAGUCCGCAUUCGGCGUCCACGACGGCGAAUGGUUGUCCGACCAAGCGGAAGACCAAAUCGCCGUCGCCAUCGUCAAGUCACAAUGGCGUACCCACUCCGACGACGAUCCUCUACUCCGGCAGCUCAGGGGCCACCGGCUGUCAGAUUGAGUCCGCCAGUCCGGUUUACCCGAACUCCGCUGGCAGUAGCAGUAGCAGCACUAGCAGCAGCGCCAGCAGUAAUCAGAGUGUCUCACCGAUUUCACCGAUUCAGUCGCCCUCGUCCUACAGUCCGUACGGUAAUCUGUACGGUCACCAGAAUGGCUCACUGCACCACAACAUGGGUGCGUCGUUGUCUAUCAACUGUAGCGCCUAUUCGCCCACGCCGAGUGGCAACGUCGUCUACGAGAGGACGACAGACGGCAGGCGGCUGGAAGCUACCAGCAGCGGUGGUCAUCAGCUUCCCACCUCGUCGACUAUGCAAAUCGACAGUAACCAAGCACUGAUCACCGGCACGCACAAUCUCCAUCUCGGCCAUCAUCCGGGUCUCACUAUUCAUCCCAACUCCUCGUCGUCUCUCAAUAGAUACUCACCAGCGAGUUCUUUGUCGCCGGACGAUCACGGGUGUUCUCAGAGCGGCUCCCUCAGUCCCAAUUCCCAGGGCUCGAGGGGCUAUAGGUCGCUACCUUACCCGCUCAAGAAGAAGGAUGGCAAAAUGCAUUAUGAAUGCAAUGUCUGCUGCAAAACCUUCGGUCAGUUGUCGAAUCUGAAGGUACACCUGAGAACGCAUUCUGGUGAGAGACCCUUCAAAUGCAAUGUCUGUACCAAAAGCUUCACACAACUCGCGCAUCUCCAGAAACAUCAUCUCGUGCACACCGGUGAAAAACCGCAUCAAUGCGAGAUAUGUAAGAAGAGGUUCAGCUCAACCUCGAAUCUGAAGACCCACCUUAGACUGCACUCUGGCCAAAAGCCGUACGCCUGCGAUCUUUGUCCCGCCAAGUUUACCCAAUUCGUUCAUUUGAAACUGCACAAGAGGUUGCACACAAACGAACGACCCUACACCUGCCAGGGUUGCGACAAAAAAUACAUUAGCGCGAGCGGCCUCAGGACUCACUGGAAGACAACGAGCUGCAGACCAAAUAACAUCGAAGACGAGCUCGCGCUCGCCGCGGCUGUGGGCUCGCCGACGUAUUACGAGUACGGUCCUGACAUGAAUGUUGGAAAUAUGCCCAAGGAAUGCGAGUUGGAACACAUCGAUAAUUAUGAUAGGCAUGGAUCGACACAUGGCCCGCACUCCACUUCCCUUCACAACCUAGAGAACUCUGUGGGCCGGCCGAGCGUCAUAGAAACGUCCCAGCCACACAUUAUCGAGUGUACAUAAGUACAUUAUAUAAUGUUACAUCAGUAUAUAAAUCGCAUGAUGGGGUAUGAGCCCCUUCCGCUAGGGCGCAAAUGCAUCAUGGAAACGUAAGAGAGUUGCUCGCGAUUGACCAGAAAGGAUGAGAUAGGAGCUCUCCCUCUCUGGAAUGGCAAUGAAAAAGACAGCUUUCGCAUAUAUGUAGUAUCGCGUGAGAAAUCUCCAUAAACUUUCCUUCAAAACUUUGAUGAAAUUAUGGUAGAUUUUCAAAAUAAUAAAAUAAUUUUGAUAGAUUUCUAUUAAUCUGAAAAUUACGAUAUUAAUAAAAUCAAUUCAUCACUCAUUCUAAUUGUACAGUCUGAAAAAAUAGUUUUUCUUGCAAACAUUGCACUUUUAAACUAUAUGUAUAUAAACUAUUUAUACUAUAAUGAAAUACUAUAGUGAAAUACUAUAGUGAAGUAAUAUAUAUAUGAAAAAAAUUAUUUUAUUUGUUUCUCAUUAUUUUAUUACUCUCAUCUUCAAUUUUUAUAAUUUUGAAAUUUUCAUGUUGAGUUGCGUUAAAAUAAUGUAAACGAAAAUUAAACUUGAAUGUGAUAGAAAAAAGAAAAGAUUUCACUUGUUUCACACAUCUAUUUUUUCAAACUAUAUUUCAUCAUAAUUUGAGACUAUUUGUGAUUUCUCAAAAUAAUGAGAAACGCAGGUGAAGGUUGUAAUAAAUCGUAGAGUAAUCGAUUAUCAAUAAUUAAGUACAUAACAGAAGUCUAUUUCAUUAAUCAACAACUGCCUAAUUUUUUAACGGACACUUUGAACUUUGUUGUUUUAAUACCGAAAAAGUAUGUAGAAAAAGAAAGAUAGGUUUUUCUAAAAAAACCGACGAAACUCUGUCUAGAAAUGUGCAUAAUGUUCCUUCCUUGUAAAUUAUCCUUGUAAAUACUCGUUUCUAUAUUUUUUCUAUUGUAACGUUAUCAACGAAAGGGAGAGUGAUAAUUAGCUUUCGAGAUAAUUAGCUUUCGAGAUAAUUAGCUUUAAUUGCUUGAGAAAAUCAUAAUGCUGUCAUUUAUAGAAAAAUGGGAAGGAUGAUCAUACAAGCAAUUGUACCAAAGUCAUUUGAGUUUCUCGAUUACUCUUCCAUGAUGCAUUUUAAACUUGCACGUCGAAGAUGCAUCAUAACACGACUUGAAUAAAUCAAUCAAUCUAAAACGUCUAUUAAAUAAUCUUUUAAAUUUUUUUUUAUUUUUUACAUAGAUACAUUCUAAUUUUAUUAUUCUUGAUAUCCAUGCGAAUAGACAUGUUACUAUUUCUUAAUUCUUUCAACGUUGUAAUUAUUUUACAGAAAUGGGAAACUGUUAAAAAAUUUAUUUAAAUUGUGCAAAAAUUCAAUUUAAAGUGCUAUAAGCUUAAGAAAAUUGAUUUUAAUAUUGCAAAAUUGUAUAUGAAAAAGCUCAAAAGAUUUAUUUUAAGUGAUAUUAAUCAAAAUUUUACUGUAUACAGAGUAUUCCCGGAUUUUCCACAAACAAACUUAAUUCUAAGUUUACUGAAAACAAUGUAAUAUUAACUUAUGUUCUAAAAUGCUUUAUUAAAAAGUUAUAGCAAAAAUAUAAAAUCUGCAAGGAACAAUUUUUCAUCUAAGUUUGCAUUUCAAAAUAUCAUUCCAUAUCAAUACAAGCUUAACAUUGAUGUAAUAUUGAAUUCAUUCAUUCAAACGGUAAACACGAUCAGAAGAAAUGGGCAAGAUGAACAUCGUCGAACGAAGUAUCAUUUAUAAUGUGUUACUUGAUGAUUAUCUUGUGCCGCAUUGUUUUAAAUAGUAAAAACCAAUUUAUCGAACACAAGUUACGUCAAGAAACAAACUAAAAUCGACACAACAGGUCAUAUUUUUGCUAUAUUUUUUAAAUAAAGCAUUGUAGAUAUACUGUUAUAUUUAUAUGUAAUAUUUUUUUCAACUCAUAGAACAUAUUGCUAAAAUAUGUUCUACAUGGAAAGGAGAUACUCUUUAUACAUUAUCACAACAUGCAAAGCUUAUGCAGCGUUAAUUAUAAUGUAACUAUUAUUAAUUCACUGCAAAAAUGAAUUUUAAAUGUAUUUCAGAUAGGUGUUUCAAUUUUUAUGAAUUUUUGUGCAGUCUUCGACGUGCUAAGAUUUUAGGUCGAUAUGUAAAAUGGCGGAUUUUGUCGGCACCCGUCAUAAUGUUCGCAUAAUACGAACAAUCAGCAGCAAAAAGCAACAAGAAAGACUCGAACAACUAGUGACGACACGACUGCAACUAUACGAGACCUGUACCUGUAUAUAUAUUAAUAUUAUUAUUAAUUAUUCAAUAAUUUAAAAAAAAAGUAAUAUAAGGAGCUCUAAUUUAUGAAUACCUUUAUACAUAUAUACAUAUAAAUAUAUAUACCUAUAUAUGUGUAUAUACAUCGUAUGUACACAUGUAUAUGCGUAUGUGUACCUGCGUGUAUACGCACAUACAUGCGUGCAUACCGUCGUCGUCGAUUGGCGGACGGUAGACUGCGCUUUACGUUAACUUCCACGAAGUAAAUUUUAUUAAAAGAUUUCAUUAAUAUUAAUUUAUUGACUCGUAUGUAAAAAAAAACGUUGAAACUCUCGACGUGCGCUUCUAUUAUACUCGUGCUUUGGACACAAUCGGUAUACAUAUAAAUUUUGUUAGGUUUGAAGGUGCUGAAGAUUUCUUUUAGCAUUCCUAAGCAAGAGAUUUUAGAUUUAACGAUCGUGUUAUUUAUUAACGACAUAAUAUUUAUCGUUAAAUUUUAUGUCGUGAAUUCGUUUUUCUCGUUGGUAUAGUGAUGUGUAGCGUAACGAGCUCUUCUCGGGCUUUAACCGCAGAAUGAAGCGAUUAUCGUAUACGUAAAAUUGUGCACCGCAAUUUUUAAUCAUGCUUAAUUAUUUCCGUACUUGUUCGGCCUUUGAUCUUCGAUAAAUACAUACGUAAUAUUGCUAUCCUAUUAUUAGCUUCCAUGCGUGAGCAUGAUUUCUAUUGACUUCAGCUAUGCUGAAUCUUUCCCUCUUUAACAUCCAUUAGUUAAAGGAGAAUAUAUUUUGUAUAAAUUAAGUUUCAAUCGUAAAAAAUAUCUCCUUGACAUCAGUUUGAUGAGGAUACUCAUAGCUUUAAACGGUCAAAAUUUAAGGGGAGGAGGGGACAAUUGUCUGUAAAAUUGGAAGUUAUGAUGGAAAAGUCUAGUCAAAACGUCCUGAGAGAAUUAUAGUGCAAUUGCGGCGUUUUUCUUAAGAAAAGGGAGUACUUCAAAAUCGGGUUAAAUCUCCGCGGAAAUAAUUAUCAAAUGUCGCGUGCGAAUCGAUUCUUCGAUCACGUCGUGCUUCCUGUACAUAGCGCAGAAAAUAAAAACUAGAAUUAAUGAAUCGUCGAAAAAAUGCUGUCCUUCUUUCCCGCGGCUUCCGUUGAUUUUACGCAAGUUCAGCAAAUUCGAACACUUCCAUUAUUGCUAAGCUAAGAUCGAACGAGUUAAUCCUGAGCGCAGCUUACCGUACGUGGUGCGAAACAACUAAUUCUUACUAGAGAGGCGACUCCGGAGUUCGUCAUCGCGAGGGGCGGAAAAGAGAAUUUUUUUAACGAACGGUAUGAAUUUUUAAACGCGAUCGAGAUUUCCGGAGUCGUCGUUCUGCAAAGAUAUUAAUCUAAAGGACGUAUCGCAGACUGAUAUACACACGGCUAUUCGAGCGUUUGUGAGAUUUCAAAGAAUCACGUGCAUCGCGAUACGAUUCCAAAGCGAGAGAGAGAGAGAGAGAGAGAAAGAGAGAGAGAGAGAGGAAAAGAGAGCGAGAGAAUGAGAGUGUGCGAUUUUCAAGAAUGCAGGAGUGUAUUACAUUAUUGUUCUAAAUUUUGGCUUCCUUCACAAGAGCCUUCGAGGCUUCGGUCCCGCAAAAAUCUCCCCCUCGCGUCUCCGACAUUGCGAUGCCACCCCGCACAACAAUCUACAAAUCCAAAGAAAUCCUAAGCUGAAACCUUCAUCUUUCGGGGCGUAAUGGGAUGCAAUACGCGACUACCAAUGCCGAAACCGCGGUGCUCGCAUGCGAGAUUUUUGCGAAACUGAUGCUCCUCAUUUCCUCCAUACCCCGAAUUACCUAUCACCCUCAUACUAUUCAUCACCUGCCCACCCGGGACACCGUCGAACGAACUCGAACGGAGAGUUCCUCCUCGACUAUCCCGGCAAUUAUACCAUAAUAAGUUUAACGAGCGUGUUCGUGAACUGGACUCGCGAACGCGAGAUGAUGUAUUGUAGAUUCACAAGGCCUUUACACUGAUUUGCUGAUAUACCCUUUAAUAUAAUCAGGCAACGUGAACGACUCGCGGGCAUUUUACGGAAUGUCAAGAAAGGAAAGUAAAAAAAUUUCUGUAUAACGUAGCGUGCGUUAUACUAGCGAUAAUAUAAGUGCUAGUGAUCACGCUGCCAUGAUCAUGCUCCAAGAACACCUCGGACGUUAUGCGCUUAUCUAAAGAGAUGCGAGAUGAAGUGGAGAGGCAACGAUCUGAAAAAAAAAAAAUUUCUCAAGGCUCGUUAUAAAAUAAUAUCGCGUUAUAUAAGCAAUAAUGAAAUUUCUUCUGGCGACAAUCGCGAUUCACCCCGGUGACGUUCUUCACCACCGAAUGACAUUCCGUACGUUGCCUCGAGUGUCCGCCUUGCCUGUAUUUUGAGAGCACUAUUACGAAUAACGAAGUUAAAACGGAGCUAGAGGAGAAACCUUAGGCGCUUAGGACUUUGAAACGCUAAUAGCGGGAACGUUGAGAACGGGAGAUGGGAGCAGAGCACACGGCGUAAAGAGGCAAACGGUGAAGACCAUGUAAAUACAUACGCUGAAAGUAGUGAAAUAUCGAGAGGAAGCGACAAGCGUAGGCGGAUUAAACCGCCUCGAGAACAAACAAGCAAUAUUUAGUUCUUAUCAUCUCGUAAUAAUUAAAGGAUAAAACGAUCCAACUGUACUGUGCACGCACACGCGUGCGCACGCGUGCACGCGCUCGUACGUAUUUAAACGACUAUAAAUUAAAUGUUAAUUAUCCUUACACUUCGUAUACAUAUAUAUAUAUAAAUAUAUACAUAGUAAAAAAUUGUUACGCAUUUAUUAUCAUUAUAAUUAUUGAAUAGGUAAUGCUCAAUUAGCAUUUGUUUCUUAAAAUAAAGAAUAAAUAUAUGGCUGUUGGAUA